AUGUUGGAUGAAUCGUGUUCCUCAACAAAUUCGGGAUAUCAGUCGAAUUCACCUUGGAAUCAAAACCAAGAUUGUUUUAACUACAGUCCAUAUAUGCAGGAAAAGACAACCAACAAUCAAUCGUUAGAUGAAGACAUAAGUUUUUCGAUACCGUAUGGAAAAAAAUUUGAAGUCAAAUAUGUUCAUGACGAUGAACGUACAUGUUUAUUUGGGACAAUUAAAUAUAUUCUUUGCAAUAUUGGUAUGGAUAAUGAAUACUAUGACUUAGCAGCAAAAUUAAAUAAAGAAGAUCGCAAUAUACAUAAUGCCUUUCAAGAAAAUUGUACCACUUCACAUAGUGAAAACAUUCAACAACAAGGAUUUGGUGAUGCUGGUAUUAUUUUAUCUAGUUUUUCUCAAUUAUGUAAAAUUGAGUUUCGUGUUUGUUUUAUGCAAAAUAAUAAUAUAACACAAAUAUUUCGCUUUGACGAAAAUUUUAAUUUUACACAUUGUGCAUAUAUCUUAUACGAUGGAAAUAGAACAGAUAGUUCAUACAUCACGUCAUUCGUUUUUUUACGUGUUGAUCUGAUAUACUACAAGAAUCGUUUAUCUCAGCAGCCGCUGAAACGGAAACCUCGAAAUAAUGUUAUGGAGUAUGAAAGAAAAUAUUAA